AUGUCACAGGAGCAUGACAAUAAACGUGCGGUCCUGGUUCUCCAGAACGAGCCGGGCUAUGGCGGCCAGCGUCGAUCCUUCACCACAGAAGACGAAGCCUGGAAGUCUUUCCUGGAGAACCCACUGACAGCCGCCACCAAGGCCAUGAUGAGCAUCAAUGGAGACGAGGACAGCGCUGCAGCUCUCGGCCUUCUCUACGACUACUACAAGGUGCCCAGGGAAAAGAGAACAAUAACCCAGAACAAGCCAGACGCACUGGGCUCAGAUGUGGAUCCCAACAAAAGACACCAGAUCCAGGCUGGACAUCCCAAUGCUCCACUGCAGGAGGCCGGGAUGGAGAACAGGAUCCAAGUCCUCAAGGGGCCCUUCAACCUGCUUCAGUUGUCCCAGGACAAGAGGAGCCAGUUCUCUGCACCAGACACGACCGUCACAGUUUCCAUCGCUGCCUUGCCAAACUACCCGCCCGUCAAGACGGAGGUGCCCACCCACGGCUUCUCAGUGACCGUGCCAAACAACUGCGCCGGCUUCUCAGUGACCGUGCCAAACAACUGCGCCGAAACCGACGGCCACGUGAACGUCUUUGACCGCCAGCUCACCCACAACGGGGUGCAGUACAGCCCCAGCAACCAGUCCCGCACGCCGCCCGACUCCACCUUCUCCGAGAGUUACAAGGACGGUUCCCAGGAGGUGUUUUCCUUCCCGGGAGAUCUCCAGUUACGCAUGGCCUCCAUGGCGCCCGAGGACUACACUCACUUCAACACCGUGCCGGGGAAUAACUUUGAGUACACACUGGAGGCGUCCAAGUCUCUGCGUCAGAAGACAGGCGAUGGGACGAUGACCUACCUCAACAAGGGCCAGUUCUACCCCAUCACCCUCAGGGAGAUCGACAGACAAGGCAUGCAGCAACCCAUCACCAAAGUCAGGAGUGUGGUGAUGGUGGUGUUUGGAGAGGAGAAGUGCAGAGAUGAUCAGCUGAAGCACUGGAAGUACUGGCACUCCAGACAGCACACUGCCAAACAGAGGUGUCUGGAUAUCGCUGAUUACAAGGAGAGCUUCAACACCAUUGGCAACAUUGAGGAAAUUUCCUACAACGCCAUUUCCUUCACCUGGGACACAAAUGAGGAGGCCAAAAUCUUCAUCUCCGUCAACUGUCUGAGCACAGACUUCUCCUCUCAGAAGGGGGUGAAGGGUCUCCCUCUGAACCUGCAGAUCGACACCUACAGCUACAACAACCGCAGCAACAAGCCCAUCCACCGCGCCUUCUGCCAGAUCAAAGUCUUCUGUGACAAGGGAGCGGAGAGGAAGAUCCGAGAUGAGGAGAGGAAGCAGUCCCGCAGGAAAGUUGCAGAUGUCAAAGUUCCCAUCCUCCAGAAACGCAACGAUGUGACCAUCUUCAAGAUGUUGGCUGACCAUGAGACUCAGCCUGUGCUUUUCAUUCCUGACGUCCACUUCUCCACCUUCCAGCGCCACAGUUCUGGUAGUUUACCUAAAAAUGAAAUUGAGGGAACAGGCUCGGGGAUGAAGAGAUUACCCUUCAGCGAUGAAGAGUUCAGUUCACCCCCAAACAAGAUGGCGAGAGUGGACGAACCAAAGAAAGUGCUGCUGUACGUGCGCAAGGAGACGGAGGAAGUGUUCGAUGCCCUCAUGCUGAAGAAUCCCACGCUGAAAGGCCUGAUGGGCGCUAUUUCAGAGAAGUACGAGUUGCCUUUGGAUAAAGUGGGAAAGGUGUAUAAGAAGUGCAAGAAAGGAAUUCUAGUCCACAUGGACGACAACAUCAUCAAGCACUACUCCAACGAGGACACCUUCCAGAUCAGCAUGGAGGAGAUGGGUGGCCAAUACAAACUCACCCUUACUGAAAUCUGAUUGGACGGGAGGCGGUGACGUCAUCCUGAACAGCGGGGGUACAAGACAAACAAAGCCAGAAUUAGUGGUUUACACGUUGAGCUAUGUAAUGAUUAUGGACUUGAUCUAUGAUGCAAUCGUUUCGUCUGUGUGCUGCAUCACACAGCUUUUAAAACACAAAGUCCCAAAAGUCUUAUUUAAAAAGCCAUAGCUCUUAACAGACGAUGUUGAUUAGAGAUGUAAGUUAUUAAUUUUGCUUGUUUUCCAAAAUUUUCUGCAUGAGAAACAACAAAUGAGGACACGUAUGACACCUUUGUUUUGUAUUUAGUGAGAAUAUGACUUGCACAUCAAAUAUCGGUGCCUGUUUUUUGUACUUUUUAAAAAAAAAUGUGCCUGAUAGUGGUGCUGCUAUACCUCAUGCUAUGCAAGCAGCAUCGUUCCUCCUGCAUUAGAAUUGUUACCGGGAGACACGGCCCAUUUGUCCCUUCCUAAAGCCAUAGCACUGAUGAUUACAAUCUGUAAAGUUGGGUUCUUAGCCACAUAAUGAAGUCAGCAAAUUGUUUAUGGAGCCUGAGUGGUUCGGUGUAUUAAUGCUAAACAACACGGCAGUAUUUAGUGUGUAAAAUCUUUCUUCAACAUCAUACAAUUAGGGUAGAGUAGUGUGAAUGUUUGUUUUUUUUGCAUUGAAUUCAUGCUGUUUUUAAAUGCAAUGGCAUUUUCCUCAGAUCAACUCAAGUAACGGCCUCUUAGUAAGUAUUAAAUUGUUUCUAUGUAUGUCAAUUAGAAUUAUAAAACGCCGCUUCCCUUUCCACUGUAGAGUCAUUUUCUGAAUGAUACUGAAAUAGGUCAAUGAAUGUCUAGGACAGUUUAAAAAAUAAAAAAUAAAGUCUGUUCUGGAAGUGCAAUAUAAUAAUUAGGUCAUUCACAGAAGAAGUUCCGAUGUUGCCAUAACUACAGUAUAAAAAUACAUAUAAACUGAUAAAACAGUUUUUCUUGUUGUUGUAAAUAUAUAUACUGAAAAAAAGGAUCUAUAUGAUCCUUCCUUUUGUAUCUCAGUACUUAUUGUGUAUAUAUUUAUUAAGAGAAUGGAUGUGGGUCAUUGUUCUUUUUUUCCAUAUGUACCCAAAUGUCUAUUAUUCCUAAUAAUAUAAUGUGUUUUCUUUUUAUAUGAAGCUAUUCUAACAUAUGUCAAGGGACAAAAGUAAUUAUGUUUUUAUGUGAUGUUUUUUUUCUGCUUUGGAAAAGAUUUGAUGCACAAA